AUGAACACCCCACUCGACAGAGUUUUCAAGAAGUCCAGCCCCAACUGCAAACUGACUGUUUACCUGGGAAAGCGUGACUUUGUGGAUCACCUGGACAGAGUCGACCCCGUCGACGGAGUCGUCCUGGUUGACCCCGAGUAUCUCAAGGAUCGGAAAGUGUUUGUGACGCUGACCUGUGCCUUCCGCUAUGGCCGUGAGGAUCUGGAUGUCCUGGGCCUCUCCUUCCGCAAGGACCUCUUCCUGGCCUCCUGGCAGGCCUUCCCCCCGGCCGAGAGCACCCCGGAGCCCCUCACCCGCCUGCAGGAGAGGCUGCUGCGCAAACUGGGUGCCAACGCCCACCCCUUCAGCUUCAUGAUCCCCCAGAACCUGCCGUGUUCAGUGACGCUGCAGCCGGGCCCCGAGGACACGGGAAAGGCCUGUGGCGUGGACUUUGAGAUCCGGGCAUUUUGUGCCAAAAACCUGGAGGAGAAGAUUCACAAAAGGAACUCCGUCCGCCUGGUUAUCCGGAAAGUCCAGUACGCCCCCGAGAAGCCUGGGCCGCAGCCCAUGGCCGAGACCACCCGCCACUUCCUGAUGUCCGACCGCUCCUUACACCUGGAAGCUUCCCUCGACAAGGAGCUUUAUUAUCACGGGGAGCCCAUCAGCGUCAACGUUCACGUGACCAACAACUCCAGUAAAAGCGUCAAGAAAGUCAAAGUGGCCGUGCGGCAGUACGCAGACAUCUGCCUCUUCAGCACCGCCCAGUACAAGUGUCCAGUGGCCCAGGUUGAGCAGGAAGACCAGGUGGCUCCCAGCUCCACCUUCUGCAAGGUUUACACGCUGACCCCACUGCUGACCAACAACCAGGAGAAGCGGGGCCUGGCGCUGGACGGGAAGCUGAAGCACGAGGACACCAACCUAGCCUCCUCCACCAU